CAGCUUUAAUUCAGUUGUUACAUCUUUGCUUUUGGACUUUUCCUAAGUCAUUCUCAAUCUCCUAAAAAACAUUCAACCAACAAAAAUGGCCAUUCUUAGUAAACGACGACCACCACCUCCACCACCACCACCGCGGCCUCUUCCACCACUUCCGCCGCCACCACCACCCCCGCCGCCCCAGCUACCAUUUGGACCGAAUCUUCCUUUACCUCAUAUUAUCAUAAGAAGGAAAGGAAGAAGAAACUAUCAACUACGACAGAUGUUGACCUUGUACUUCCUAACAUUCAUAAUGCGCAAAAAAAAUCAAACCCAAAACCAACAACCCGAAGAGACACGGGAAGAAUGGGUGAUUUGGAUCAAAGACAAGAUGGAGCAAGUACUUAGAGACGACGCCACAACUAGCUGGGACAAGCUUUGUAUCUACAGAGUUCCACUCUCCCUUCAGAAAAACGACAAUAACUCCUACUUCCCUCAAACCGUCUCUCUUGGUCCGUACCACCAGGACUAUCACAAAUGGCGUGCGGUCAAUAUGGUCAUGAAACGUACCAAGCAAGGCAUCGGAUUGUAUAUUGACGCCAUGAAAGAGCUCGAAGAGAGGGCUCGUUCUUGCUACAAAGGUCGUAUUGGUUUGAGCAGUAACAAGUUCACCCAAAUGCUAGUUCUUGAUGGUUGUUUUGUUCUCGAUCUCUUCAGAGGAGCCUAUGAAGGAUUCUUGAAACUUGGAUACAAUCGAAACGAUCCCGUUUUUGCCAUGCGAGGAUCGAUGCAUUCGAUUCGACGUGACAUGCUAAUGCUGGAAAAUCAACUUCCUUUGUUUGUCUUAAACCGGUUAUUAGAGCUACAACUCGGUACACAAUACCAAACCGGUUUAGUGGCACAAUUAGCGGUUCGGUUCUUCAAUCCGUUGAUGCCAACCUAUAUGCCAUCAACCAAAAUUGACAACUCGCAAGAAAACAAUAAAUUCUUUAACCCAAUUGCUGACAAGGAGAAGGAAGAGCUGCACUGUCUGGAUGUUUUCCGUCGAAGUCUGCUCCAGCCUAGUCUGAAACCGGAGCCAAGGUUAUCGCGAAGUAGAUGGUCUAGGAAACCGCUUGUGGCGGACAAGCGCCAACAACAACUACUACAUUGCGUGACAGAACUAAGAGAGGCCGGUAUAAAAUUCAAAAGAAGAAAAUCCGACCGGUUUUGGGAUAUUCAAUUCAAAAACGGUUGUCUAGAGAUACAACUACUUAUCCAUGAUGGUACCAAGUCUCUUUUCUCAAAUCUUAUAGCUUACGAGCAGUGCCAUAUCGAUUCAACCAACGAUAUAACAUCCUACAUAAUUUUCAUGGACAAUCUAAUAGAUUCUGCUGACGAUAUUAGGUAUUUGCACUACUAUGAUAUCAUCGAGCACUGGUUAGGAAAUGAUUCGGAAGUUGCUGAUGUCUUCAACCGGCUAUGUCAAGAAGUGGCUUUCGACCUCGAAAAUACUUAUUUAUCUGAAUUGUCAAAUAAGGUGGACCGUUUUUAUAACCGAAAGUGGAAUGUUCUGAAGGCAACCUUGAAACACAAGUACUUCAGUAAUCCUUGGGCAUAUUUCUCUUUCUUUGCAGCAGUUAUUCUGCUACUUCUCACAUUAUUUCAGAGUUUUUUUACUAGUUAUCCUUAUUUUAAGCCACCUUCUUGAUUCUCAUGAACUUUGAAUGUUUUGUAAAUUUCUUACUUUGUUUUUUCUCUUGUACUUCACUGUAUUAUUUUGAAGCUAUUUAUUUGUUAGACCUACGGAAGAGAUUUUUCAGUACAGAUAUGUGUGUUAACAAACUGGGUUACUAGAACUCUUUUAUAUCCAUUACAAUUUUUUGGUAACAAAUGAGUUUGCAACUUACUGGUAAUUUUCUAUACCAUGGUAAAUUGUAUAGCCCGUCACAAAUCAAUACAGAAUUUUCCAUUGCAAAAAAAAGAUUCAACAUGUUAUAUGUUGCAAAUU